CUAAAGAAGAUUCCUCAAUUAUUUGAGUGCAACCCAGCUAUUACAAAAAGACAAGAGGCUUCACCACUACACCACAAGUCCUUUGUUUCUUCGAGAGAAGAGAAAAGAGUUCCCAAAAAGAAAGAAAUGAAGAAGGGUCUCUUGUUGGCGUUUCUGGUCCUUGUGAUGAUCCACGACAAGCUUAUGAUGGUCAACGCCAACAGCAACAAGUGCGUCACAGAGGAUUGCCUCAUCGGCAACCACAUGGAGAUGGAGAUGGAGUCAGAGUUCUGGUUUGGUUCGCACGUGGCCAGGAUGCUGUACGACGUGAGUCAAUCGGUGAAUGGGCAAACGGGGAAUAGGAACAACAAAGCUGUUAACUGCCCAACCUCCCAAAACUACCGUGGCUGCUUGCCCUCCCAAAACGGAGGUGGCCCUAACAACCGUUGUGGCGAUUACAACAGGGUUUGCUGACUCUCUUUAAUUUCCCUAAACCCUCUGUUCUAUGUGACAAUCAUCAUCAAUGCCUUUCUCUCUCUCUUCUCUCUACCAUAAUUUCAUCUGUCAUGCCAAAUCAUCGGCUUUCUCGAUUUUUCUUUUCACUUUCUGUUUCAUAAUGUUUUGUUUUUUGUUUUUCGCUAUGUAUGUCUCCUUUCAGAAUUUCUCAGUUGUGUAUGCUCCUCAAAAUUUCAAAUUGAGAGCAAGGUGUCAAGAAGAAACUCUCAAUAAUCUUGGGUGGUUCAACAAUGGUUUAAACUUUAAAUGAUCUCAUCCAUCCCCUGUAUUUUGAUGAAUAAUUUGAAUCUCAAUAUUACAAGAAUAUUUUGGAGUGUCA